AUGUUGCAAUCCUGCCACCGGUGGUGCUGCUGCCCUUGGUGUUGCCGCUGCCACGGCAACCAGGUCUGGGUGGUGCCGUGCAGAUCUCCUCUGCCGUCUUGCCGCAGCGGCCGUGUCCAAACUCGGCCCCCCCUCGUGUGGGUUGCUACUGUCUCACAGCCGCGGCCACGUCCGGUUCCACCCCCCACGUGGGGAGCUCCGCUGCCAUUGCUGGAUGAUGCGGGGCCACCCCCUAAGCUCGCGCGGUCCCUGCUGCUGCGUUUCCAGGGAGAUGAAAGGGCGGCACCGCCUCGCUCCCGUCUCUGCCUGGUCUCCGCCCCUGUGUUCCAUCUCCUGAGCCAGCCCCGUUCCGUCAUCAACUCCGCCUGUCUCCUUGGGUUUCACCCCGCCCACAGAGUGGGGCGGCUGGGCCAUUUCCUGCCUCCCUUCAUUCUUCCUGGCCGUCAGCAGAGUCACAUCCGCUGCCUGCGCACCUACUUCCACCGCUGCUGUGCCCGCGCGUCCUGGUCUGCUCGGCCCGGCAACGCCCAGCGGUCGGCUGGUGCUCGCUACCACAGCCUGCUCCGCUGCAGUAUCCGCCGCUUUUUUCUCGGUGGACAUACUUUGCAAGUGCGAGGCGCUCCUAGCAUUCACUCGAGCCAGCAGCGACACUCGCUCCAGCCCCUCGCUCCGCCUCGUCCACUCGCGCCGCGCAGGCGAUGCGUGAACCGCGGAGUCUUCUGUUGUGAUCCUGCGUUUCCCGUAGCAAGCAAGCGAUUUGGAAACCCUUCUCCCGUCACAGCCAGCACAAUUUGCAGUCUGGAGUCUUCGAUGCUCCGGAACCCUGAUCCCCCUCACUAAAAAGCGAUUUGGUAUCGUGAUCCCCGUUGCAGUAGAAGCGAUUUGGGAUCUGAGUCACCCGUUGCGUGUCUUCCCCUCACGCCAUUCGGAGACCACCCCCUGUCGCCACUGGGGUGAUUUGGGAGCUCAUCGGAGUCUUCCAAAUCCCUUGUUUGGGUGCCAAAAGAAGCAUGGGACUUCUUAUAAAAUAGGCAAUGCUGAACAGGACAAACGCAGAUCAAGCCAAUAUGGUUAAUGCUACAUUCUCCAAUUAUUGUUUAUAAGAUGGCAGUUUAUACACACUUCAAUAUAGUUUACAAAUUGUGAGCAUACUAUCAUUGGCCAGCAAACAUUGUUUGUCUUUGUCUUAAGGUUGCUAAAGUUUCACGCUGCAGACCUAUACUAAUUCACACUCAGAAAGCUCAUUACUUUGUAGUCACACCUGAACAUAAUUUCUAACUGAACCACAGACUAAUUCCUACCUGCGUCAUCGGUUUCAAAGGCCUUGCCAAAGCCCAUAUCUGAGGCCUAGGCUGGGGGUAGCUCAACCUUCACUCUAAAUAUAAAUCAUGUCCUCUCUCUCUCAGAAAUCUUGCUACAGGGAAAAAACUGAGAGCCUGAAGACAUCUGGAAGUUUGCCAGCAGAGGAGAAGGGGAGGGAAGGGAAGGUGCCCAGCGUGGGAGAUGGAGUCCUGGGCCAAGAUUUCAGCCAUCUGGGGAGUCCAGGAUUUUUAACCCCUUCCUGGCGAGACAGAGUGAAAAUUUAACAGGGUAGAAAUCCAUUUAGAUUUAAGUGAAAUGUGCCACUUUGAGCUUGCUAAAUAUGCUGCUUAGUCUGGUGACUGCAGGCCUAGCAAAACUACCCCAGCUAAGGAGAAAGAAUGCAAAUUUCCACACUAAAAGAUAAAAGAUAAGAAAGACUCCUCAGACCUUGAAAUGGACAGGGCAGAGCGACCCAGGAGUUCUUUCUGUACUUUCUGACAAAAACUGAGUACAAGUGUAACUAACUGUAAGUGUAAUGUGAAAUCAGCAGAAUGAAUAUGCAUUAACCUAUUGUGAAAUUCUAUGCCUAUGGAAAUUAGUAAGGGUAAUAAAAAAAGAUUGGGAGUUUUCAGAGGCACGCAUGUCCAUUAAAGGGCAAUGAGUCCCGGCAUGCGUCCACAGCGCUAUGAAUAAACAUACCCAUUCCCUACAAA